AUGACUCCCGCCAACAUUGAUUUAGCGUCACCAGCGACAACCACAUCUACCAAUCGCGGAAACAAAGGUGGUCGCCCAAGGGACUGGACUUUUGCUCGAGCGCGCAGACUUACGCGACUCUAUCUCUACACGAACUUGCCGCUCCACAAUAUUCUCGACUUGCUCAAGGAGGAUGUCUGGCAGCCUGGGAAGGAAGCUGCCAACAAGAUCCUCAAUGGUGUACUCGGCAAAGACCCUAGAUGGAUGCGACCAAGAACUGUCGAGGAUCAACGCCAGCGGAUCCAUUGCCUUAAGAAUAGCGAACGGGCGCCGAAGAAAGACAGUCGUCCCCCACAGCACGCAAUACAACCACACCGGCCGGCAAGUGGUGUCUACUACAACAGCUUCCUGAAUCCCGAAACCGAUACGCUUGACGGUGCAACAAUCACCCGGUCUGCUGGCUCCUCUUAUGAGAAACCGGAUGAUUUCGUCCUUGAUCGAGACACUGUGAAUACACUUUAUGAUUGGAAUUCCCGAUUCGACUUUGUUCCGCCGUCCACUGUGCCUCUAUCCCAUGUCAAUCUAGGACAACUUCCAAACUCUUCGCGUACAACUCUCAGCAGGUUCUUUCCUAGAGGGAUUAGCCGGCAAGGUACUGCCAUGACUACGUCCACUGACUUCACCACUGCGAGUACCCGGACUCGAGAAGCUUUCGGUGCGGUGCAGGAGAAGCUUCAGCUGGUAUCUGACCUUACGCAAUCCGACGUGAAGGACGUGUUCCGCGUUUUUAAGCGCUACACCAUCUCGGCUGAGCCAGAAGCACACGACUCUCGCUCUGCAGCUGUCUUCUCGCCUAGCAUUCCCACUAAUGUGCAGCAUUCAACGAACCAAUUUGGCAGCAUUCGAAGGCAACCAACCAGCGUACUAGUCACACAGAAACUCGCAGGCGACCUAGUGGAUGUGAAUGCCCUCUGCCAACAACAAUGUUAUAUUCCCAAGUCGGCUAUUCACGACACCACGGCAUGCGACUGCCAACUUCGAGGCAUCAAACUUGAUGUCGUAGACCCAUUCGGUAAUACUGCUUAUCACCACUUCGCCGCCACCGAAGGACACCAGGAUUUACUCAUACAGUCCUUUUGUGAGAGUUUCGACCAUUCUGAUUUCCUUGUUGGGGCGCGAAACACAGCUGGACAAACCUUUCUUCAUGUCCUGCAUUCGUGUUGGUAUGAUGAAGAGUCCCAGUUGAGUGAACUACUAUCAAUUCUGAAGGCUAGGAACUUCCCCCUCUACGCCACAGAUGUAUACGGACGCACCUUUUUCCAUAUUCUUGGCGAAAACCUAACCCGAAACCCUCACCUUUUGAGGGAGAUUACACGUAACUUCGACAUGGAAAAUCUCGAAUGUCGGGAUGCUUUUGGGGUCAAACCAAUGACGGGCAUACGUCGUGUGGGGACCAUGCCAAGUGUCCAGGAAGAAGGACAAGAAGGACUGGGCCGUCUGACGAUCCCACCAGGCGAUGCGCAGGCAAGAACUCGCAUUCAAGCCCAACUGGUGAAGAUAAUUAAUGAUGCAUUCGCAAUCAAACCAACCAUCGAAGAUGCCCAAGGUCGAAAUGCACUUCAUUGUCUUGCCGAAGUUGCCUUCGACGCAAACCUUGUGCCCCAGGAAGCGUCUCGCGAUGAAAUCACCCAUAGUCCGGUUUCGAAGCGCAAACUAGACGAUAACUACGAGCCAAAAGAUUCUUGUCCUCUCAGUUACCGAAUGCAGUACCUGGGUACUUUGCUCGAGGCUGGAGUCGACGUAAACCAUUACAACUCCAAGGGAGACACCGUUCUCAUGGCCUUCGUCUCCCAUAUCACGGAUGGGAAGUACGACAAGGAUCUAGAGGCCAUCAUCAAAAUUCUGGUCAAGGAGGGCGCGAAUCUUGAAGCCCGAAACCGCAAUGGCGAGACAGCAUUACACGUCGCCGCGAGGCUGGGGCAGAAGCGAUCGGUUAAGUGCCUCAUUGAACAAGGCGCCAACGUUUACGCUCGCAAUGGAGAAUCGAUUGGCAUCCUCCCCGUCAUCGAUAGAUUGUGGCGCAUGACCGAGGAUGAUCACAAGUUCAAUCUGAGACUCGAAGCAUGUCGUGCUGUGCUGACGGGUCAAUACGGAGACAAGAACACUCCUGAGCAGAAUCCGACUGCUGAACAGGAGUGGGCUUUCCGCCCCAAGCUACCUCCGGACUCGGCCAAGAGCCGGAAGUCUUAG